UUUCUGAGACAGCAAUAAAGCAGGUGACCAUAUAGAAUACCCUAAUUGCGUUUUUACCACAAAACGGUCAUACUCCGACAACCGCGCGUAAACCCUCCCGUCCCAUCCCUCCCUUUUUGCCAUUCAUUCGACGUGAAAAAUUCGUACAGUUCGGUCAAUUGUCAACUCUUUGACAAGCCUAAAUAAUUUUGAGACCGUGUAACCAAGUUAACUAUGGCGCGUACUAAGCAAACUGCCCGAAAAUCGACCGGAGGCAAGGCGCCCCGCAAGCAAUUGGCCACCAAAGCGGCCCGAAAAUCUGCUCCGUCGACCGGAGGCGUCAAGAAGCCACAUCGCUACCGUCCUGGAACGGUGGCUCUUCGUGAGAUCCGCCGCUACCAGAAGUCCACGGAGCUCCUCAUCCGGAAGCUGCCCUUCCAGCGCUUGGUGCGCGAGAUUGCCCAGGAUUUCAAGACCGAUCUCCGUUUCCAGUCGGCGGCUAUUGGAGCCCUACAGGAAGCCAGCGAGGCGUAUCUGGUCGGUCUCUUCGAGGACACUAAUCUGUGCGCCAUUCAUGCAAAGCGCGUCACCAUUAUGCCCAAGGACAUCCAGCUGGCCAGGCGCAUCCGAGGCGAGCGGGCCUAAAUAUACAUAUAUAAUUUAUACCAUAUCCGCCAUCUUGGAUUGGAAAAACAGUGGCGGCAAAAACAUCAACCCACAGCUGUCUUUUUUUGGAAAGCGAGAAAUGGAGGUGGAGAGAUCCUCAACAUCAGCUGCCGCCGUUCAGUUCUUAAGUCUAUCUAUACUUACAGUUAAGUAAUUAAUACACAAUCUAACCAUGUUCAAAUAAAAUAUAUUAUUUUUUUUGUAAAACCUUA